UAUAACAAUUGAACACUUUGAAAAUAUGGUAUCAAACUCUGCUAGGGUUUCCACAACCCAAGCAGCUACUAUGGCGGCUGGAGAUGGGGCGAUGGAGGUUGGAGGCGGUUCGACGGCGGAUGGAGGCGAGUCAGCGGCGGCCGACGACGAUGUUAAAGAGUCAGAGGAGAUCUGGGGCAGCCCUUUGUUGGCCUUGGAUGACGACGGUGAGGAGGCAAAAACAGGGAGAUUUGAGGUCGAUAGAGGCGGUGCAGCUGCAAGCUUCAGAGGACUGCGUUGCAAUGCUCUUACUCUCUUUGUUGACGGCAUUGAAGAGGAAAUCGGUUACCACCAUAUCCGGGGCCUUUUCUCCUUGUUUGGAACCCUUUCAAGGGUUUUUGUUCAACGUUAUCGUAAGUUCGGGAGGCGAUUUCGCUUCGGCUUUGUUCAUUUUCUCUCCCGGAAGCAAGCCUCUUCUGCAAUUGAUGGUCUUGACGGCCUGAGGGUGGGAGGGUCGCUUCUAUCUGUGGCUCCGGCUAGGUUCCCCCGAGUUCAAAAACAGCCCCCUGUUCCUCAAGCUGCUCGAGUUCCAUCUUCGACGGGUUCUGGCAGAGGUUUGGGCUCUGAUGAAGUGGAGAUGCACUUGGGGCUUGUUAGAGGGUGUUUCUUGGGAGACUGUACCCCUUCUGUUUGCCUCUUCCCUGAAAUUGAGCCUCGGAUUCAUGUAGUUCCAGUUGCUGCUGCAGUGGAGCUUUCCUCGCCAGGUUUGCUUCAGCUUGGAGGAAUUUCAGUUUUGGACGCUUUUGGGGCAGCGGAGAUCGGCGAAGGGUCUGAUCUUGGGUCGUCGUGUAGAGAAGAGCUUAGGCCGAGGUUUUCCUUGCCUUCCCCUUUGUCUUAACCUUCCCCACCCCAAGAGGUUGUGAAAGCACCCAGACCAAGAGGCAGGCCUAAGAAGACCAAGGCAAAGGAAAACGAGAAGGAAGGACAGUCGACGAUUUGCCUACUUUCGAAGACAGCGGAUGGCAGCGAGGUGAUGACAACAAGCAAGGAGCUGAUGGUACUAUCGGAGGAGUUCUCAAACCCUUACGGUGUUAUGACUCGCGCGCGAAGUGCCAUUCAGUUGGGAAAGCGCCUUGGCCUGAGGUUUGCCUGUCCGGACGUCGUUGCAGAAGGUGAAGUCGCGGCCCAAAUCUUAGCUAGAAGGCUUGGGUAGCUCUUAUGGAGGGAGUGUCGAGUUUUUGGUUUUGUGGGUUCUUUUCUAUUGCUUGGCUGUUGGGUUUCGUGGGCUUUUUCGGGCUUUGCUAGGCUUUGUUGACCGUCUAGUGGUUUUUGGUGGGCUGGCUAUUUUUUGAGGCUGUAGGAUUUUUUCUUAGGGUUCUCUAGGUGGAUUCUAAGGUUUAGGGGUGUGGACUUUUUGGUGGGUUUUUUUUUUUUUUUUCUGGUCUUCAUGUUUUUUGAUCCCUUUGAGGAGGGUGUAUAUCUUGCUAUUUCUCCUCUCUUUUAUUUUAAUACAAUUUAUGCUUUCGAAAAAAAAAGUUUAUUGUUAAUAUUAAU